AUCAAAUUUUUCUGUUUACAACUUUACAUUUAAGCACUUUACCAUGGAUUGGGAGGUUUUAUACCGUGUGCCUAUGUACGCAUGGACAGUCCGAAAUAUAAGGAUGAUGUAUAUAUUAGUUUGGAGCGCGCUAGCGCUAACGGUUUGCGGUUAUAACCAGUUUGAUGACAGCGUUUUGUUCCAUCUCAGUUGGCCCGGUCCUGAGUUAGAGUCCCCUCCACCAGGAAGCAGAAUAGCAGAAACCAUUGAAGUGUCCACGGCAGACAAUGAGAGAUAUCGCUGUACACUUCCCGUGCCUUUGUCAGAGACUGAGGACUCAGAAGAGGAGUACCUUGGUCUGAGUGCAGCACAGUUGAUGAAACCCAUCUACAGACAAGUCAGCUGCACAUAUAGGAUAGAGACCUACUGGACUUAUGAAUUGUGUCAUGGAAAAUAUAUCAGGCAAUAUCAUGAAGAGAAGGAAACAGGAAAGAAAAUAAAGCUGCAAGAAUAUUAUCUGGGAAGAUUUCAAAGUGCAGAAGAUGCAAGUAAACAGAAACCUCCUCCUGAAGAAGGAAAACAGGGGAAAACAGAAAUGGUACCAUACAGAAAGCUGGACGGUAUAGACAUGCCAUUUUUCCCAGAGUUCAUGGCGGACGGGACUCCGUGUGACCUGAAGUCGGGCGUGCCCAGAACGGCGCUCAUCCUCUACAUGUGCCAUCCCGACUCCAAAAACGAGAUCGUGUCCGUGGAGGAGGUCACAACGUGUAACUACGAGAUCAUCGUGUUCACUCCGCUACUCUGUCAGCACCCGGACUACAGACAAAAAGACACCCCUGUGAACAACAUCCAUUGUCAUGCCAUCAGCGACGCCCCUGUCAAACCCAAAACCUUACAGCAAGUGGAGAGGGAGGCACAACAGAUACAGACUCAAAGCCAAAGGGCAAGACAGAGGAGUGGUGCUGGAAGUGUGGUAUUCAAAACAGUUGUACAAUACCACACACACAAGGCAAGACAAAGGAGUGGUGCUGGAAGUGUACAUUACCACAAGAAGCAGGAUCCGACCGGCCCUGUUGAUCCGGGCCCCCUGAAGGCCAAGCUGCCCAGUAAGCUGCCCACACAGUCCAGCUCCAGCGAGCAGGCCACCAAGGGCUUCCAGAUCACCUCCCUGACUGACAGACAGGUGCUGGAGGAGUUCCUGAGGGGGGAGUACUGUCUCAAGGGUGGAACAGGUUGGUGGAAGCAUGAGUUCUGCUAUGGUAAGCACGUCCAGCAGUACCAUGAAGAUCAGAAGCUGGGGAACACAGUCAUCUCUAUCGGCACCUGGAACAAACAGGAACACCUGGACUGGGCUAAGGACAACCCCGGCCAGGCCACACCCAGGAGAAACAGGGACGACGGAAAAGUCAGAAUGGUGACUCACUACUAUGGCCAUGGUGACGUUUGUGACGUGACAGGACGACCAAGGGAGGUGCUGGUCAAACUCAAGUGUAAAACAUCAGACAAGCACUCAGUCACCAUCUACCUGAUUGAGCCCAACACUUGUGAAUACAUCCUUGGGGUGGAGUCUCCCAUCAUCUGCUCCCUGUUGGAUACUGCUGAUGAAAAUGGUCUUCUGUCAGUGCCAUCAGACACAGUGAAAGGACCUUAAUGUACAUUAGUUAGGAUCAUACUCUUAUUAUACUAUUAUUUGAAGAGGCUAUAUGGGUUUAAGAUGUAUUUUUAAUUUCUCAAGAAAAUUAAAUAAUUAUGCCAUCUUCUGUGUGCUAAAAAUUGGCCAUAUGGGUGAUUUGUUUUUAGGGUAACAUUUCCUUUUCAUUGUAUAGACUUCUGGCUGCUGUAUUAUUUUUUUUCCUUAGGCCACAGCAAGUAAAUUUCAUUGAUAACAUCUAGCAUGCUGCAUGCAUAUUGAUUUUUGCCUAUAGUUUUGAAAAAAAUAACAAGAGUUGUUGUUUUCCUCUUGCGAUUGUCAACAUGACAAGAAAAUACUGAAAUCAGGAAAACAUGUCGGAUGGUAGCCUUGAGCAUAGUUGCUAAUUUGCAUGGUAAGUGAUACUAGACUACUACUGUAACACUAAUGUCACUUGGUGCACUUCUUUAAUACAGGAAUAAGAGACUUUGUUGCUGUGAUUACAUUUCUGUCGCUGCCAUUCUUGGUAAACAUUUUAUUUAUGGUCACUAUUUUGACAAUUUCGUUCAGGCAUCAUUUUUUUCCCCAUUUUAUUUUCUUCCCACUCUUGCAUUAGAUUUGUAGCCUGUAGAGGAUGUCAUCCAGUGAAUUUACUUGCUGUGGCCUUAUCUAUUUUACCCAUUCAUAAAUGCUCAGGAAGCUUAAUUAUUGCCCCCAAGUUGUCAUUCAAUCCGACUUAACUAAUAUUAUUGUGAAGCGGAAGUUGUGUGAAAAUUUAACAUAUUUUUGAAAAAUGCUGCACGUAACUACUGCUCCAUGAGUUUCUAGCAAAAACUGGUUUGAAUGACAAUUCUGUGCUGAAAUAUUCUCUAAAUAAUAAUAAUAAUUAUUAUUAUUAUAAAGACUUUAUAAGGAUAAGGUGUGAAGCAUAAUCUGUGUACAGAUGCCUUCUAAUUAUGAUAUAGCAAAGAUUUAUUGUACAUUUUUCUCUGUGACAAUAAAUAUCUACAAAAA